GCUUUGCUCUCGCGUCAUACAACGUCACAGGCGUGUCACAGGCAUAUUGACAGACUAUAUAUAUAAAUUCCUCUAUCUCCUUGUCCAAUGGAUCCUGAUACCAUCGCUUCAAUGUCGCCCAAGCCAGAAAGACCACCUUCCAUCCAGUCAUUGCACUCGAGGAAGCAUGAAUAUGGCGCUAUCAAUGCUGCGGGCACGCCCAAGAUGACUGAUGACCACGACCACGAUCCGCCCCAAGAUGAUGACCAGAACAACAAUCAUAAGCUCCAGCGAGGGCUUUCAGCUCGUCAAGUCCAGAUGAUUGCGGUUGCAGGAACGAUUGGGACAGGUCUUUUCCUAGGAACCGGUCGUUCGCUCGCUCAAGGUGGACCUGCCAGUAUUCUCAUUUGCUAUGCUUUCAUCGGAUUUAUCGUAUAUGUUACUCUGCUACUCUUGGGGGAGAUGGCCACACAAUACCCGGUGGCAGGAUCUUUCAACGCUUACGCUACCCGGUUCUUUUCGCCUUCUUAUGGAUUUGCAUUAUCCUGGAAUUACUGGUUCAAUGAUGCGGUCUCUGUUGCCGGAGAUCUUACAGCCGCUCAGAUCCUUCUUCAAUUUUGGACCGACUGGCCACACACAUGGGUGGUCAGCUUAGUAUUUUGGGUGUUUUUGGUGGGCACCAAUGCGAUACAUGUGAAAGCAUAUGGAGAAUUAGAAUAUUGGCUUGCCUCACUCAAAGUCGCUACGAUUGUUAUCUUUAUAAUCGUGGGGAUCCUCGUCAAUGUUGGUGUCAACAAUUCACACGAGUACAUUGGCGGCAAAUAUUGGCGAAUUGGAGAUGCUCCGUUUGUAGGAGGCUUCGGAGGCUUCGCCAAGGUGUUUGUGACUGCCAGUUUUGCCUAUGGAGGGACAGAGAGUCUAGGGAUUACUGCCGGAGAAACGAAAAACCCCUCUAAAAAUAUGCCGAGAGUUGUAAAGUUCGUCUUCUGGCGGAUAUUAAUCUUCUACGUCGUUUGCAUUCUCAUCGUUGGACUAAACGUUCCAUACGAUUAUCCGAACCUGUCUAACAAAUCUACCACGACUUCUCCGUUCACAAUCGUUUUCAAACAAAUUGGAUCUACGGCCGCGUCUUCAUUCAUGAACGCCGUGAUCUUGUCAUCAGUCCUCUCCGCUGGUAACCACGCCCUCUUCGCCGGCACUCGCGUUUUAUAUGGUCUCGCCACUACGACACCCCGCCAAGCGCCUAAACUUUUCUCCUGGACUUCGAAACAAGGUGUUCCCUUACCCGCACUAUUUUUGACCAGUAGCAUCAGUGCUUUGUGCUUUGGCAGUAGUUUCAUUGGUAGUGGACAACUAUGGGGCUGGUUGCAGAACAUUGUUGGGGUAUCGAAUCAGAUCGCUUGGCUAUCGAUUGGAUUCGCAAGCUGGCGAUUCCGAACAGCUUGGAUCAAACAAGGGCGCCCCCUUGAAGAACUCAAGUUCCGUGCUCGGUGGACAUGGGGAUGGGGUCAUCACUUUGUGAUUUUUGCUGUCACAUGUCUCAUCUUGAUUCAGGGAUGGUCUUCCAUAUUCCCCACGUUCAGCACAGUCGAGUUCUUGUCGUUAUACAUUGAGAUUCCAGUCAUGGUUGUAAUGACUCUUAUAUGGCUCUUUAUUCGACGACCGAAUCCAAACCCCAGGCCCACAUCGGGUUCUUCACGCUCGAAGAGAGUGUUGUGGUUCACUGACGUCGUAGAUGCCAACGUAGUGGACUUGUACCGGGAUGAGUAUGAGGAGGAAUUGGCACCGUCAGACAUUAUCGACAAUGAGACGAGAAAGAGAAGAUUAAAUGAAGGGAAGCAAAGAUUUUUCUGGAGAUUGUAUUAUUGGAUUGUAUAGAGCCUAAUUUAUUUCUUUCUCUACUUUACUAUGCUUGCUCUCUUGCUUGGUCUACUUGUAAUGUUGUCGUCACGAACGCUAGU